GAGACGCGGAGUGGAGAGAGAGAUACGAGGAGGCAGCGAUGAAGACAAGCCUGGCCGGCGGCUGGCUAGUUGCGGGGAGGGAGUGCGGUUCAAGGGGGCUCGAAGAGGAUAGAUGCUUCAUAAGAUGUCUAUUUAAGGGGCCCUUAUGGAGCCCCGGGUCCCCCUGAGGUUAUUCUACUCGCCAUAGCUACAGGAACUGGGUGGCGGUGGUGCUGCGAGUGCUACUCUGAAGUCUACUUUCCUGAAAAUCACCGCAAACUUCGGCUGUGAAGGCCAAAGUGCUCUGGACUCUGUGGUUACGGAGGACAGGACGAAACCGAAAACCAAGGUGUCUCCCAGUGAGGUCGUUGAAUCCCUUAAAUCGCAUUUGAGCCAUCAUGGUCCAGGAGCAGCAAUCCUCCCUUCCAACCCUCCGCCCUUACAACGGCGGCUGCCACUGCGGCGCCGUCCGCUACCGUGCCCUCCUGGACCCCGCCAACCUGGGCGCAGCACGCUGCAACUGCACCAUCUGCCACAAGAAGGGCGGGCUCAUCCUCCAACUCUCGGACGAGACCCUGUCGCUGGUAAAGCCAUCCUCCUACGACUCUGCGGAGCUGGGCGACUACACCUUCGGCAGCGGCUCGGCGCACCAUUAUUUCUGCAAGACGUGCGGUAUCUCUGUCUUCUCGAGGGGUACGUAUGUCAUGGAAGGGAAGGAGGUGAAGUUUGUGUCGGUGAAUGGGUUGACGGUGGACCAGGGGGUCGCGGGUGAGGAGGGCAAGCUGGACUUGAGUAAGGUGAAGAUUGGGUAUUGGAAUGGGCUUACGGACGAUUGGAUGAGUGGGAUGAAGGACGCGCCGUAUCCAGGCGGGUGUGUUUGAUGAUGAUGAUGAUGAUGAUGAUGAGGAGGAGGAGGAGGAGGAGGAGGAGGAGGAGAGCGUUGGCGUUCCAUAGAAAGGCCAUAUUUUUCAAUUGGAAAUCCCAUAUUUUGGGUGUUCUGCCGGCGAUGAGACGAUCUUAGGCUUUUGUUUUUGUAGUUCUUGUUGACUGACGGUGGCUUGGGCGGAGGAGGCUCUUUUUGCGGUUCGCGACUGGAGCUACCAAAAUUUUUGCAUUUUGGCGACGGCGCUUCUCUCACAUCUGCCUACUGCCGGGG